UCCUAUAAGGACGGGUGAACCAAAGGCCGAUGGACUCGAGUCAGGUUGUGGGAUUUGGACUAGUUUUUCACCAUAAAAUUUAAUUUAUAUCACAAAUAUACCACUUUUGACCACUGUCUCAAUAACAGAGAGAAGAAAAAAAAAAAAAAUCAAGAAAGAAAUUCAUUUGACCACAAUUUGUUUCUCCAGUUGAAAAAAUAAAAAAUAAACAAAAUGGUAAAGAAAAAGAAUGGGCAUAGUUAACACUUGAGACUAUCAUUUAGGGCACGGUAGGUCAGUGUUGCAUGACAUGGUUUUGUUGACACUGAACCGUUGGAUGAUUGCGAUCGGGUAUUGAAAUCCCAUUAUCCCGCCAUCGCUGCUUUAGUACUCCUGUCACAGAAUCGUCAGUCAUUCCCACUCAAACUUGAGAGAGACUAAUGGAAACAGACGAAGCCCAACGGCUGCUACCAUUUCAGCUUCAAUUCGACAAACCUCUUGCCUCUCAGAUCAAGAUAGCGGAAUGGAACCCAGAGAAGGAUUUACUGGCAAUGGUCACAGAGGACUCUAAAAUUCUGCUGCAUCGCUUCAAUUGGCAGAGGCUAUGGACUCUCUCUCCUGGAAGGUGCAUAACAUCCUUAUGCUGGCGCCCUGAUGGUAAAGCGAUAGCUGUUGGGCUUGAAGAUGGAACUAUUUCAUUGCAUGACGUCGAAAAUGGAAAGUUGUUGCGAAGCGUAAAGUCCCAUACUACAGCUGUUGUGUGUCUUAACUGGGAGGAGGACGGACAGCAGGAUGCCAGUAGUAACAUCUCAAUUUAUGAAGACCGUACUUCCCGUUUCUUCCCUCCUGCUCCAAGAGUUCCUCGGAUGCCUGGACUGGUACCUGGAGAUACUGGUUUUAUGGAUGACAAUGAUGAUUCAUUUCGGGAACCAUCAAAUUCUUCACAUCAACGAUUUAACAUCCUCUCCAGUGGGGACAAAGAUGGAAGCAUCUGCUUUAGUAUAUUUGGCAUAUUCCCAAUAGGAAAAAUUAACAUACACAAGCUUUCUGUUUGUAGUCCACUAAUGGAUGGACAUGUGACUUGCCGAUUUCUGAAUGCUUCCAUUUGUAAGGUGGCUUUGUCAAAAGAUCUUUGUCAUUUGAUAGUCAUGUGCUCUGGGGAACUCUUUGAAGAUAGGGUUGAACCUAGCGGCAGACAAAUGUCUGUUGACUCUGGUCAUGAUUUACUUGGUUUGCAUUGCUUAGUGCUUGAUACUUCAAUCUUUUCCAAGAGGAAAAAUGAGCUUCACCAGGUGGCUCAACAAGCUUCUAACAUUGAGGAUUUAACUGAAGUCAUCCGGGCAUCACUAUCAGUCAUGUGUAAGCAAUGGUCUGAUGCCAUGCAUACAUUUCAUGAGAAAUUUUCUUCGCUUUCUACUCUGAUAAUGGACCACGCACUAGACUCAACUCCCCAAGAGGAAUUCCUUAGCCUUUUAGGCGGUGCUCGGACAAGUCCACCAAUUCAUCAAUUUCUAGUUAAUUCUCUUGGCGAAGUGGGUCUCAAGCGUGUAGCAAAGGUUGUCUGUGGUGCUGGAAAAGAGCUUCAGCUUAUUGUUCUCGAUCAUCUACAGCCUGCUGCAGAAAUUAUUGGAUUUAGAAUGGGAGAACUGAGAGGUCUUUCUAAAUGGCGUGCACGUUAUCAAGGUAUCGGUUUGGAUGAGACACUAAUCAAUAAUGCGACAGAAAAGGCUGGCAUGUUUCUUGUACAAGUGGAAAGAUUUAUAAGGAUCCUAUCCUCUGUGGUGCAACAGUUUUCAAACUUCUUCAGCUGGCUUCUGAAAAGUGUAAAGAUACUAAUGUCAGAACCAAGUGAUCAGCUUCAACCAUUCAGUAGUGAACUAGUUAUUAUAUUCUUGAGGUUUCUGUAUGAUCAAGAUCCGGUCAGGCAGUUGCUGGAACUAUCUGAAGUUGAUCACUGUGUUGAAAUUGAUUUGGAAACAAUGCAAAGAGUUAGAGAAUUAGUUAGUUUUGGGGGAUUUUUAGAUUCUGAAUACUUGCAAAGGACGUUAGCCAAAGAAUUUCAGCAAAUGGAUUCUUGUUUCAAGGAGGCUUUCGAGAUGCCUUUUAGUACAAUUUCCAAAAGAAUACUUUGUAACGAUUUAUGGCCACUGUUUCCUAUUGUAUCUUCACCAAGGUCUUUUUCCUUCAGCGAUCCCACAUCAAUAUCAUUCUACAAGGAAGCUUCGCAGGCUGUUUCAACUUAUCAAAUGCAUCAGCAUGGGCUUGUUGAUUACAUCUCUUUCAGAAUACCGGAUGCUUCUUUAUCAGAUAUUUCAAAUUUCAUAGGCAUAGCGAGGGGAUUUAUGCAUGACUCAAGCAGCGUGAAAAACGGGCAUACUUCAUUGGAAGCUGUCUUGUUAUGUGUUCCUGAUGGCUAUCAUUGUGUGGAUCUGUCUCUAUAUAAAGAAAGUCAAAUUGUGCUGUUACUAAAUGAGACAACUACUACUUCCGAAAGCUCUGGGAAUGCUUAUAUGAUGCUUGUACAAGCAAGUGAUCUACCAUUUGUAUCUGUUUCAAGAUCCAAUAGUCAAAACUAUUGGAAUUUGCAUGAACUAAAGGACCAUGCUGUAUGCCUGAAAAUGGAGAAUGAAAAGGUUCGAGGUAUUCCUCAUUCUGUAAUUGCUCCGUUGGCGGUUAGUGCAUCCAGAGGCGUGGCAUGUAUUUUUUCUGCAAGAAAGCGUGCUCUGGUCUACAUCCUGGAGGAAGAUGAAGAUGAAAUCUCAGAUGCAGAAUGACUUAUUUUGUUCAUCUAUGACCAUUUUUCUUUUCUUUUCUUUUUUUGUUAUUUGUUUUUGUCUAAAGGGAGGAGUAGUGAUUUUGUUGGCACAAUUUCACAGUUCCUUUUUAUUAAUAUUUAUUGUAUCAUAGGUAUUAGAAAACUCACUAUAUUUUAUUUUUAGCAUUCAAAUUCAGUCGGUUUUCUUUGAACGGA